AUGUCGCUGCCUCUCCGGCUGCCCUACUGCUCUCCCGCGCGGCGGCUGCGCGCCGUGCUCCUGUUCCCUUACUUCCGUGCCCCGGUCACUCCCCCGCCGUCCCCGGCCUGUGCGCAGGAGCCCGACUCGGAACCCGAAGGUGGCACCCAGGAGAGCUACGCGGAGGAGGAGGCUUGGCUCUACUCCGGCGGCCACUGGGGGCGCGUGCUGAGAGGCCGCGUGGGCGCCAUCCCGCAAGGCUGGGCGUGGCCGGGCACGCCGAGCAUCCAGCAAGCGCCACAGCCCCGGCACUUGCCCCCACCCCCGCCCACCGCGGCCCUGGCGCCUUCCCCGGACACCUCCCCGAUCGCCGUGUCUUGGCGCUCGCAGUCCAUCCGCCCCACGGUGCUGGGCCGUCGGCCCUCGCUAACGCAGGGUACUCGGCGAGCCAAGGAGCGCCAGCCCGGAACUGCAAGCGCGGGAGGGAAGGAGCCCGAGCCUAGGGUGAACGGCCAGAAUGAGUGGCGUUUGAGGAGCGUGGAGGAGCCCACACCUGCUCUCCCGGUUCCCCGAACUUUGGCCUUUAGAGGGGUCGCUGGUCGCAGCCUGUGUUCGGGGAAGAGAAGUGGGAAGCUGAGCAAGCCUGCCAGCACCUCGCCAGAAAAAUAUCAGGGAAGCUGCCGAAGAGUGACCCUGGAGUUCAAAGGAGUGGAAAAGCCUAGAUGAACUAUGACGAAGAUGCAUCAAAGAAUCCUAAAGCAAUAGAGCUUUUUAUACCUCCCCUCCCCCUCCUAGCUCAGAGAGAAAGACCAAAACGGUGAAGUAAUUGAAAUGGAAUAAAACAUUAU